AUGUUAUCUUCUACUACAUCGACCAUUUGUCAUUUGAAUCUUGAAAAACUCGACGAUCACAUCACUAUCACUAAAAAUUGCAAACGGCGGGGGCUGAAAGCGUCGGUGCGGCUCGCUGAGCGCGCCUCGCUCCGCGCCCCCUCCCGACAGCAACACUUGGGUUUCUGGUGUGUACCUUGCUUGAAGUCUCACGAAAGAACUCCAAUGGAUGACGCACCGGCUUUUACUUAUAGGUAA